UAUUGGGGUGUCCCUGUAUAACAGCACAUUGGGCACUCUGUAUAUUAGCAUAUUGGGGUGACCCUGUAUAACAGCACAUUGGCACUCUGUAUAUUAGCAUAUUGGGGUGACCCUGUAUAACAGCACAUUGGGCACUCUGUAUAUUAGCAUAUUGGGGUGUCCCUGUAUAACGGCACAUUGGGCACUCUGUAUCAGAAGCAAUAUCGGCAUAAUUGUGGCAAAAACAUUUUCAAAGAUUUGGUGAGAUAAAAAUAUGGGAUAAAUGUGGGACAGUUAGCACUCAGCUACACAGCGAGCAUAUAUACCCUGACAUAUAUCUGCUGUCACUUUAUGGGAAACUAUUUGUAAAUUCAAAAGCUAUAUAGAGAUCAUUUUUGCAUUACAUAAGCUUCAGUAUCAGAUUUUCUGAAAGCUACAGAGCUUUAUUCACAUAUAAGAGUAGAGGAUGAAGUACAAGGCAAGGCACUAGAAAUAAAGUUAAUAAAGUUAAGUGACAGAGCAACUCAUGGAUUUGUACUUCAGAUUCAGCCAAUCAGCUGUUUACAUGCCCAGCCAAUCAGGGAAGAGCAGAGGUGACUUGUGGAUAACUGAUCCUUGGUCCCAACAGUCUUUUGUGACAGUUGGUGAGAGAGGAGCAAAAUGAUGGAGAUUCUGAGCGUUGGCAUGCGAAAAAGAAGAAGAGAAGAAGAAGAAGAGAAAGAAGAGGAGAUCAUUUCCCCUGGGUGCAGCCCUGAAUUCAAAAGGGCCAAGCCCCAGGGUGAUCUGCGUGGGACCAGCACCCCUACAGCUGAGGAACCGGUGCCAGAGGGGGAGCCAUGGAACACCCUGACCAACCUGGCUGAUGCCCUGCAGACCUUCAGGGAGUAUGGAGAGGAGUGUUACCUCUAUAAAAAAGGCCUGGAGGGAGGUUAUCAGCUGGAAAAUUUCCUAGAAGAUCAGAAGGAAAUAAAUCCAACAUCCUGGAACCACAUCACCACCCUAAUGAUUAAUGUGCACAGGUACCUGAGAUUGGACUUUCAGACCCUGUGCCUGGGUAUCAACUUCCUGGAGCGGUAUGUGUCCUGCACUCCUACUGACCCCGACACCCUAACAAGAGUGGGAGCCACUUGCCUCUACAUGGCUUACAAAGUGGCUGAAUUAAGGUACCCCCUCCCCCCCAAGCACUUCCUACCUCUGUUUGACUACAGAAUGACACCAGCUGAAAUGCGUCACCUGGAGAGAACCAUCCUAAGGAAGUUGCUGUUUCGCCUGGGGGUACCAACCAUCGAUUUCUUUUUGGAGCACUUCUCCCUGUUAAGACUGACCAACCAGGAGGAGUGUUCCCCUGCCCAGCUCACAAGAGCAGCCAAAAGCCUAACAGCUGCCCGAGGCAUCGCAGCACUGUGCCUGAACCAACAUCAAGACUUCUACAUGCACCAACCAUCUCUCAUGGCACUGUGCUGCCUCAAUGUGGCAGACAAAUUGUUUCAUUAUAACAACCCUGUCAAAGUGGCCCCCACUGACUACCCAGAACACCAAAUUGAGGAGUGCAUGGAAAAGAUCUGCCAUCUAGUUACUAUAGGCCACUACUUUUUACAUCCGCUGCUGCCAGGAGUUUAUCCAGAAAUAUUUCCAGCUUUUAAUCCUCCCACCACAAGGCCUGCAGCAACACCUAAGGAUAUAAAUUCUCCUGGAGUAAGAACACCAGAACAGGAGAGGGGCCAACAUCUACCUGAAGGCAGAGAGAGAACACCAGAGGUGGCAACAACAUCCAGGGACACAGCAGGUUCCCAGCACGUAGAGAUGGCAGAAAGAUCCAGCCAUUCUCAGGACAUGGAAGGGGCCGGUUAUGUGCUACACAACACAUACUGGCCCACUGAUCCAUACGGGCAAGUAUAUAUGCACCCCUACAUGCCAACACCUCCAUACUGGCACCCAUACAUGCCCCCAGUUCCCUACUGGCACCCAUACAUGGCCCCAGUUUCCUACUGGCACCCAUACAUGGCCCCAGUUUCCUACUGGCACCCAUACAUGCAUUCACUGCCAUAUGGAUACCCAUUUCCCUACUGGUAGACACACAGGCACACACUGAGGUCUACAUACCCAUACUGCUUACCAUUUACUACACGUGCCAGUAUUGGGGAUCACUAUUUCUGGUAAGACCAUGGGUGAAGUGCAAUUUGCCUUUCCAUCCAUCUAUAGUGACAUUGAGCCCAUGCCAUCCAAGUCAUGAUUGUAUUAGAAUGCAUUCAUGCUCAUUUAAUCUCACAGAUACAGACAGACAUUUCCAAACUGACAGAUCCUCACAUUACGUACUGAUGACUGAUAUUAAACUCACAGCUUUAGUUUUUACCAAAAACCAAGAACAUGUUUCCCUACAGACAGACAUCAGGACUAGAAAGCGGUGUAUUGAUCCUGGGAGUAAUUCCGAUUGCCAUUUAGGAGUCAGAAAGGAAUUUUUGCCUCUAGUGAAGCAGAUUGGCCCAAGCUUCUCUCUAGGUUUUUUGCCUUUCUUGGGAUCAAACAGCCCUAUGUGGUGGGGUUACCAGACCCUCUGGUGAUGGGAGGACACGUAUAGAAGGUGCAUUUAUAUUGCAGCGUGCAGCUCUUUCUAUAUGUGCCCUCUGAUUUCCAGUGAUCUGAUAACCCUACAGUCAGCAUCACAUUUCAUAAAUUAUAGUUUUAAUAAAGCUGUCAUCUUCACAGAUUUAACAUAAA